AUGGCUUUCAACGCAACGAAAAAUUUACGAUCCAUGGUGACUCGAUUGGGAGGAGCUGGAACACGUUCGUUUACUACCUCCACCAUUCCAAAAAUGAAACCUAUGUCCACAAGCAUAGAUUCUACACAUAAUUCUCAUUCAAUUUCUAGGUCGAGCACAUUGAAGGCAGAGUUAACACCGGUGUACAUUGUGUGUGGAAUGGUGGGUGUGGCUGUGAUGUUUGCAUCACACACUGCCUAUCAACAACUGGCACGUUCUCCAACUGUUCAUGUGAACAAGAAAAGAAGAGAAUCAUUGCCUGAAGUUUAUGAUCCUGAUCGAACUAUCGACUCUGCUGACAAAUUCAUCAAUGGCUCAUUCUUUAGGAAAAUCACUCAUAUUCAAGACAGCAACCCCACUGUCCAUGAUCCUGUCCACCCUAAUCCCUUCACCCGUGCUCGAACCGCUGAGACAUUGAAGUCGGUCGGUGUUGAGCCGAGCAGGCGUUGA